CCUAAAAACUUAGGGCCAACGAAUUUAUGCAGCAUAGUGUCGAAUUGGAAUCCCUCACCGCCCGCGACAAAGUUUCCCCCCCGGUCGAUAUCUUAAAAAAAAGACCACCCGUCACCACACCACCAGGCGCAGGAUAUCAACCUCUUUGCGUCCUAGACAUCCACGGUCAAUCUCCGCCGAUCCAUCCCGACAGAAACAAUGGCUCCCAUCGCAAAGAAGACCGGCGCCAAGAAGGGCCCCAAGGUCACGAAGAAGUUCAUCAUCAACGCUUCGCAGCCCGCCAGCGACAAGAUCUUCGAUGUCUCGGCCUUCGAGAAGUUCCUGAACGAGAGGAUCAAGGUCGAUGGCCGCGUCGGCAACCUCGGCGAGACCAUCAAGAUCUCGCAGCAGGGCGAGGGCAAGAUUGAGAUCAUUGCCCACAACGACCUCUCUGGCCGCUACCUCAAGUACCUGACCAAGAAGUUCCUCAAGAAGAUGCAGCUCCGCGACUGGCUUCGCGUGGUCUCCACUUCUAAGGGCGUCUACGAGCUCAAGUUCUUCAACGUCGUCAACGACGAGGCUGAGGAGGACGAGGAGUAAAAUUGGUCGCCAUCCGGUUGGGAGUUCCUCGGGAUCAUCAG